CAGCCUCUCAGACUCUCUCAACUGGGCAGGACAAGCUUUUACCAAGACACCUCCAAGAGCACCCAAGAGCACCCAAGAACGCCCAACAUCCGUCGGUUGCUGCCUCUGUUGCACAUCUCAGCUGCCUCUUCGCCCUUGGCACUGCAGCCUCGUUCUUGGCCGAUCCUUGGCCCACUCUCUCCCCAAAUCAGACAGAUACAGACACACCUCAAAGUCGCAGUCCCAAGCCGCCGCAAUGAAGGCCGCCAAGCUCAACAUCGACAUGGGCAUCCCCGCCCCCAAGGAGGUCUACAACUGGCGGGUGUACAUGCUGGCGCUCGUGGCGAGCAUGGGCGCCGUCAUGUUUGGCUACGACCUGGGCUUUAUCGGCACCGCCCUCGAGCUCGAGUCGUUCCAGAAGGACUUUGGCACUCUGCACGCCUCAACCUCUGAGAAGUCGGCCUUUGCCGCCAACGUCGUCUCCCUGCUCCAGGCCGGCUGCAUUGUCGGCUCCCUCGCCAUCAGCCCCGUCUCGGACAAAUGGGGCCGCCGCUUCGCCCUUCUCAUGACUGCACUCUUCUACAAUGUCGGCUCCGCCAUCCAGACCGGCGCCCACGGCUCCACGGCCCUCAUGCUCGCCGGCCGCGCCAUUGGCGGCGUCGGCGUCGGUGCGGCGUCCAUGAUUGUGCCCCUCUACAUUGCCGAGGCGGCUCCCCCACACAUCCGCGGCACGUUGGUCGGCGUCUACGAGGUCGGCGUUUCUGCGGGCACCAUGAUUGGCUUCUGGAUCAACUACGGUCUCAGCAUCAACCUGCCUGCAACCUCGACCCAGUGGAUCAUCUCGUUUGCCGUACAGCUGAUCCCCGGUGGCCUGCUCAUGGUCGGCCUCAUCUUCCUCCCCGAGUCUCCUCGCUGGCUCGCCCGCGCCAAGGGCCGCGAGGCCUGCGUCAGCGUCCUCGAGAACAUCCGCAACAUCCCCCGCGACCACCCCUUCCUCCUCGAGGAGGUCCACGGCAUCUUCUCCCAGCUCGACCACGAGCUCGAGACCGACUCGGGCCACGGCUUCAUUGACACGCUCCGCGAGAUGGGCAAGCCCGGCAACCGCAAGCGGCUCCUGUCCGGCUCCCUCAUGUUCAUAUUUAUGCAGAUGGCCGGCUCCAACGCCAUCAACUACUACUCGCCCGCCAUCUUCAAGUCGCUCGGCCUGACGGGCACCAACGUCUCCUUCUUCGCCACGGGCAUCUACGGCCUCAUCCGCUUCGUCGCCAUCCUCAUCGCCAUGCUCUGGGUCGUCGACCGCUUCGGCCGCACCCGCACCCUCAUGUGCGGCUCCGCCGUCAUGGCCUUUGCCAUGUGGUUCAUCGGCGCCUACGUCAAGGUCGCCACCCCGGGCGCCCAGAUCAACUCGGGGGGCUACGCCGCCGUCGCCAUGAUCUACAUCUACGCCAUCGGCUGGUGCUUCUCCUGGGCGGGCAUCCCCUGGAUCUACGCCUCCGAGAUCUUCCCCCUGCGCAUCCGCUCCAGCUGCGUCGCCGUCUGCGUCGCCAUCCACUGGAUCAUGAACUUUGUCAUUGCCCGCAGCGUCCCGUACAUGAUCACAAACAUCAGCUACGGCACGUACUUCCUCUUCGCCGCCUUCAUGACCAUCGCCAUCCCCUGGGUCUGGUUUUUUGUUCCAGAGACUAAAGGGCUCAGCCUCGAGGACGUCGACCAGCUCUUUGGCGUCCCCACUGAGCCGCACCUGUUCACAGAGAGCAAGGCCGCCGAGGCGGGUGCCGGUGGCAGCGCCACACAGGUCGAGGAUGCUGGCCAGAAGGUUUAAGGAGUUCAAGAUUUAAAAAUAAAGUACCACAGCAUGGUUCAGGGAUUGGGAAUCAACUUUUGCACAGGGGCUGCCAGGAUUUGGAAAGGCGUCCCAGAGGUCACCCAUUUUGGCUUGGAGAAACUAGAAUAGUCCAGCCGGCGUUUUUCUGCUUGAUUUACGAGGAAUGAAAUUCAAUCCAUUUAUUGAACAAAA